AUGAAGGCAAUUACAGGCAGCAUCACCGCACUCGGCCUGGCAAUGUCAGCCAUGGCGCAGAAUAUGUCAUACGGGGCCGACAACUUCUACCGCAGCAACAACGUGACAGUUCAACCAAUCAGUAUCCCAAGUAAGUAUAAGACGAUUGUCAGAGGCAACCUCUUCCAUCUCAAAUUUCUGAAUCACAGCGCAAACUGGCCAGCCGUCGUAGUCAGCCAUCCGAUGGGAGCUGUGAAAGAGCAGAGCGCGAACCUUUACGCCACGAAGCUGGCCGAGCAGGGUUUCGUCACAGUCUCUAUUGACGUCCCGUUCUGGGGUGCCAGCGAGGGUGAACCGCGAAACGCAGUGUCCCCAGAUCUCUACGCAGAGGCAUUUAGCGCGGCUGUCGAUUAUCUCGGCACCCUGGACUUCGUCGACCGCGAGCGCAUCGGUGGGCUCGGCAUAUACGGCAGUGGUUCCUUCGUGAUCAGUGCGGCGAAGCUCGAUCCGCGCCUGAAGGCCAUUGCUACGUCGAGCAUGUACAAUAUGGGCGCACUUGCUCGCGAUGGAAUACAACAUUCGCAGAGCGUUAAUCAGCUUAAGCAAACAAUCGCCGAGGCGGCCCAGCAACGCUGGAUCGAAGUCGAUGGCGGCGAGGUUCAGUACACAAGCGGCACACAAAAUCACCUCACCGCGAACUCUACGGCUAUCCAGCGUGAGUUCUACGACUAUUACCGCACCAAGCGUGGCGAAUUUACGCCCGUUGGCUCUACACCAGAGCUCACUACCCACCCUACGCUCUCCACAUUCACUAAAUUUGUGAACUUCUACCCCUUCAAUGGCAUCGAGACAAUCUCACCGCGCUCAUUGCUGUUCAUCUCGGGCGACCAGGCACACUCCCGCGAAUUCAGUGAAGAUGCCUUUUCGCGUGCUGGGGAGCCGAAGGAACUAUACUGGGUACCAGGUGCCGGUCAUGCCGACCUUUAUCAUCGCACCGAGCUUAUCCCGUUCCAAAAGCUCACCGAAUUCUUCCAAAAGAGCCUUGUCUGA